CGUUAAAUACUCCCGGUUACUUGUUACGUCUACAAUCCGUAAUGAGGAGCCAGGCUUAACUGUUCAACUUUCCUACCUCCUUCAUACAAUGGGCCCUUCAAUAAAACUGUUCUUAUUAUUCAUGCUAUCGACUUACCAUUUAGGAUCGGGUGACAAGACAUACAAAGUGAUAAAGUUCAAAGUACCUCACACAAUUUGGAAGCAAGCGUUGCAACCAACUCCUGUACUUAAAUCAUCUGUGACUAUAACUGUGCCCAUAAACGUCCAGGACGCAGAUGACGAGGAAUUUGAAGACGAUGACAAUGAGAUCGAGGAAGAAAUAGAAAAUGAUGUUCCAGCAGCAGUUGACACUGUUGUUCAAGCUGAUAAUGCUACUCAGGCGUUACAAGACCCUGUACCAGUAGCAACCACUGCAGCACCAGUGGCACAAAAUCCAGUCGUACAAGAUGAAGUCGUCACUCAAGCACCUGCGCAAGGGGUUCCCGGUCAAGUCUCAAGGUUCCCUUGUACGUGUCGAAACAGACAAUGUGGAUGUUGUACAGGCUCUAUUAUGGAUAGAUUCAGAAUGAAAGCGUGCGGAAACAUUACCUUUGUACCAGAAGACUUUGUGUUUGACGUGAGGAUGACUAUCAACAAUAACACUGUUGUGCGACGAAGAGUUUCAGCCAGUGACCCGCCGCCUAUAUGCUUCAAUCCUCGAAGAGCCCCAUUUGUUCGAAUUUGCAUUGAAAUAUCAAACAUUCAAAUAAGGAACAGGAAUGCCCAUGCAUGCUUAGACAUCAACGCGGAUAUUGGAGGUUUCCCAGUUUAUUCUGCAUCCUUCAGAUGUUUCAGAAUGGGAGCGUCUGGGAUUCAAACUGGAUUAAAGCCUCGACCAGUUUCAUCAGGACCUAAACCAGUCAGUCUGUUUGGCAACAGCAAUAAUGAUGAUGAUGGUGGGAGCUUCUUAGAAAACGCUGCUGGCGAUGUGUUUGGAGGUGAUGGCUUAUUCGGGGGCGGCGGCUCUAGCGACGACGGUCCUUUUGACGGCCUCGGCGACGCAUUCGGAGACUUGUUCGGAGGCGACUCGUAACCCAUUGUGAUUAUACAUUUACAUAACAUUAUUUUUACCAGUUGUACAAAUUAUUGUUCAUAAUGUAGUUAAUUAAGUCUAUUUA